UAGUCGUCAGCCUGCGCGCGCGCACGUUCGACAACCAUGAGAGCGUUAUUCGUGUUGGCGGGCAUCGCCAUUUUGUUUGCAGGUGGACAUUCCGCAGAACUCGCUGAAACCGCUGAAACUAGAAAUGUAGAAGUUGGGGAGAACACAGAAUUCUCCAUAUUUAGUAUGAACCCGGUGGCCAAAUGUUACCUGGAGACGGCAAACGGUGACACAGUGGAGUUCAUACCGACAGAUGAGUCCAAUGAAAAGUACCAGAAGAAUUCCCAGGAGUUGUUUGAAUGCGCCGUCCGCGUGAGCAACUUGGACGAAAACGACAGCGGUUCCUGGAUUCUGUACGCUGAGGACACGUCUGGAACCAAGUCGCGGAUGUUCAACCUUACAGUCAAUCCUUUACCAGUCGCCGACAAUAUUGCCGUGGAGUAUCUGACAGAAGAGAAAAUUGAAACAAAACUUGGAGCUGAUCACGAAGUCGUGAUCCGUCAGGGUGAUCCGUCCUUCCAAACAACAGAGUCAUGCGACAUACUGACUCCAUCUGGAAUGCAGUACCCCAUGAGUGCCUUCAGGAUGGACGGAGUAGAUCUAUAUUCCAGUGACAAUGUCGCCUGCGGUAUCAAAAUCAAAGUUCAGAACGGAGACGUCGUCGGAAGAUGGACCCUCAUAGCCACUAUCUCCACCUUCGGAGCAAGAACCCAAAUGAGAUUACCGUUCACUAUCCACGUCGAAGAAACAGUUGAUACGAACGUAGACGAAAUUCUAAUAGCGGCUGGCAGCGAUUUCUACAUUCGAUUGAGCGAUGCUACCAAUGAACACGAAACUUGCGUGUUGAAGGGACCAAAUGGCGUUGCAGUUAGCAACUAUGAGGUUGAUCCUCGUUAUGAGGACAGCUGCGGAUACGUUGUUAAAAAUGUCAACAUCAACGAACAGGGAACAUGGGAGAUUGUUUACGGAAAGACCAUUACUUACCGAGCACCAUUCAAAGUGACUCUCACUCACGGCGCAGAAAAUGCUAUUACAUCCUCAGAUGUUACCUUGACCUUGGAUCGUCCUGCAUCAAUUAAUGUUGGACCUGAGAAUGCCAUUUACUGCAGAGUAACAGAUCCCCUGGGUUACCUCGUGUCUGAAGGUUUCGGAAGGUGCAACAUCACGUUGGACAGAGUCACCUUAGAACACCGCGGUACUUGGAGAAUAUCCUACGGGCUGCAAGGACAAGUUUUGACCAACGAUGAGCAAAUUACUGUUAGCGUUGUGGAAGCAGCGACCAAGCCAGUUGUCACCACUAGCGUGGUAGCCAACAAGCCCGUCGUGACCCUCACCUGUUCCGUGGCCAGCUCUGACCCAGUGCGCACCUGCAAGUUCCGCAAGCCGUCAGGCAAGGUCCUCAUCGCGACAGAAGGUGUCGGGGAGAGCAGAUACAGCUUCCACGGAAGAGGAGUCAGCUACUCAUCCGGAGUCCACACGCACGAGUGCGGCAUCCAGAUCACGGAUCCCGUGGUGUCAGACCUGGGGUUGUGGCGAUGUGGAGUGGAGACCGAAGCGGAAACCUACUUCGGAUUCCUGAGCGUGCUUUGCCCCUGGGCACUGAGAGAUCCUGAAGUGGCGGCUGAAGUCAUACAAGAGCCGACACUGCGGGCUGAGCGAGACGAGAUCACGGCGGUGACGGGUGACACUGUCUCCAUGAUGUGCUCCGUGCAGGCGCCCAUCAGGUACUGCUACUUCCGCGCCCGCAACGGUACCGUCUUCAACCUUGAGCCUGGCCAAACUCUCGAGACAGCGACGUAUUUAGGCGCGGGUUUGGAUGCUGGGGAGUGUGGUGCGAGGUUCAGCGGUCUGGCAGCGUCAGACUCCGGCUCGUGGAGCUGCCACGUCGGCCUGGUGGAACACCAUGUGGAACAACGGGCGAACAUCGCUCUUUCUGUUCAUGACGCCAUGUCGGUGGAACAGCAUCAGGUGGGCAGUCAGCUGCACAUUGAGGCGCAGGUGUACAGACAGAGCGCGCUCGAAUACUGCCGCUUCGUGAGGAUCGAUGGUGUUGGUUUCACCAACGAAGAUGAGCAGAUACCUGAAGGCUACCACUCCAUCCAGAACUUAGCUACCGGAAGAUGCGGCUUGGUGGUGGAACAUCCCACCAUGUUGGACCACCACCCCUGGACUGUAGUCGCCAGGGUCAAGGGUCAGGAGGAGCUGUCCCGGGUUACUGGUCACACCAUCGAGAUUCCCGGAGGUUUCGACCCUGAGUCCGAUCAUCCGGUCACCAUUGUCUAUUUCCGCACCCCAUACGUGUGGAUCGUCUUGAUGUCAUUGGGUCUGGUCCUCAUCCUAAUAGCCACGUUGACUGGCCCCAAGAAGAAUAGAGAGUGGACCUUCGGACGAGCUCGCACCUUCAGGGACAGCUUCCGAAGAAGCUUCCUCAAGAAGACCAUUUCAGAGAACGACCAGAGGAGUACGGCCAUAGCUGCUUAAUUUGGGGAGGGGGUUUUGUUAUUUUGUUAUGUAAAUAUUAUGUAUAAAUAAAGUAUUAAGUUUU